AUGCUGGUUGUUGCUGGACAAGUAGGCGAUGCUUCUACCCGUCGCCAUCGGGCGACAGACAGCGCCGUGCUGUGCUGUUCCGGACAAGUAAGCGACAGGCUUAAUAAAGCCCACGCGAAAAUCUUCGGCGGCCCAACGAAAAAAAUCCGCAAAGACAAAGAGCUGCCACUGCGGCUGAGCUGCGUUCUGAUCAACUCCAUUGAACCCCCUGAGUACAUCUUCUGGUAUCACGGCGACAGAAUGAUAAACUACGACCUCGAAGACGGUGCGACGGUGAGAGAAGGGCCUCAGGGGAGCGAAUUGAUAUUUCCGAAAGCCAAUCGAACGCACGCGGGAAACUACUCGUGCGUGCCCUCGAACGCCAAACUAGACAGUAUAUUGGUUUACUACGAAGACCGCACGACAUUCGCUAAAAGCCAAGAUGGGAGCGGUGGUAAAAAGUCGCCGUCACAAGAUGAUAUCGUCAAUAUGCUGGUGCUGAUCUCGACCUUUCAACUCUGCAGAUGACUUUACACACUCUGGACGUGACGACAAUGCAGAUACUCUAAAGUUAUCAACCGCAAACACAACGUAAAAUAUUAUGAAAAUUCGCCCGGCUUCCAGGAUGCUAUUUCAGUUAAUGAUGAUGUGUGUUUGGAGUAAAUGACUUUUGUGAGCUUCACUGUUUCGAAGAAGUAUUGUUAAUUCGAGAUUUUUUUUGCUUGCAGUUCCUAAAAUGGUUUCGAGAAUCAG